AUGACGGAGACGCUCACGGGCGACGUCCCGACGCAGGUGGCCGUCGAGGGCGAGACGACGACGCUCUACGCCCAGCAGCGCGCCCACGUCGGUGGGAACACGCACAGCCGGGACUUCGUCGACGCCAUGGUCAGCGAGGUCGGCGCCGGCCGCGGCGGCGUGAACCAGCUGGGGAGCGCCGGCCCGCCGGCGGUCGGCCCGCGGCGCUACGUCCGCCUGCUCAACCACCGGAGCGCCGAGGUCCCGGUGCUGCACCAGAACGUCGCGCUCUCGGCGCUGCCGCUCCGCUACGACGCCGCGUACAGCCACGUCGUGACGGACCACCUCGUGACGAACGACCUCGUGAUGGACGAGUGGCACGCGACGCUGCCCUGGUGGUCUCGAGCCGGCGUCCGCGCGCGCGCCGAGAAAACACGUUACGCGGUGCCGGGGCACAGGCAGGACACCGAGUCCGAGUCCGAGUCCGACGACGACGACGUGUUGGACUUCUACGAGCAGUUGUGGGUCAGGCCACGCGACGUCCGCCGCUGGGAGGCGUGGAACUUCGAGGUCUUCACGCCUCACUCCAAGCUCAAGUACGGCGACGUCCGCCCGACGAUCUUCCUGGCCAAGACGCCCGUCUUCGUGGAGGAGAUAGGAGAGGUCGUCAACUCGUUCUUCAACACGCCAAUCAAAACGCGCAUGGAGCGUUGUCUUAUCCGCAUCAGGGCUUUGUCGCUGUACCGCCUGAAAUUCCCCAUCUCCGACACUUUUAGCCGUGUCGACAGCGCGCCGAGUUGGAACGUGAUUGUGGUGACCCAGCUGCGUCAUGGCUGCCGCCGCCAUGACGAGCUCCGGGUGAUUCGCAUGGAGCCAUUGGACGCGGGCGAGGCGUCGAGAGUGGCCAUGCCCGACGCGGCGACCAUCGCGAAGACGACGGUGGAGACGCUCACGAGCGACGCCGAAAUAGUCACGGCCUACGGCACGGGCGCGCUCACGGCGCGCGUGCUCAUCAAGGCCGUCGCGGGCAAGCUCGGCGUCACGGACGCGGCGCAGGCGAAGGCGUUCGUCAAGCCGACGGUCAAGGCGACGCUCAUGGAUUUCAUCGCGAAUUACGUGCCGGGGCCCUGGGACGGGCCGUUCGUGCCGUGGCGGCGCUCGACUCGCCCGCCUCCUCCGUAUUACGCACGAAGUACGUGGGCGUCGACCGGCGACCGCGUGAAAGCGCUCGAGGCGCACGUGCUCGAGGACGGAGCCAGGUCCGACUGGGACAUGGUCUGCGACUGGCUUUAUGAGCUCCGCUACAUGAACAUCUGCAUCGACGACCUCAUGGGGAGCAGCCUCGGUCGCACGGUGUCGGGCCUCGAGAAGGUCGACGAGAAGGUCGACGACGAGCCCGUCGCGAAGCGGGCCAAGCAUUUGGUCAGGAAGUGGAAGAAGCUCGCCGCGCGGGCGCAGGCGUCCGGCGGCGCGGCGCCGGUCGAGGUCGACGUCUCCCUCGCCAACUACGUCCGCGACUUCCACGACGGCGGCAUGGCGACGCGGAAGCGGCAGAACGCGAUGCUUCAUAUUCAGAUGUUCGCCAGGGCCAAGCCCAGCGCGUACGCGAGCAACUUGGAGGCGCGCGUCGCGCACACGGACGCGAUCCGCGCGACAGGCGUUGUUGACGCGCUCCUCGAGUUCAUACACUCAGUGCUGGAGUCGUUAUCGGAGGACAGCGACACGAACGCCGUCGCGAUCAUCGCGUGCGAGCUCCGCGCGGUCGCAGUCGUCGAGCUCGGGAUGUUCGGCUGCAUCACCUGCCGCGGCCUGCCCGAUAGACGUCUCCUGGCCAUCGCGGGCGAACGCGCGAGGCGCGAGGCCGUCCUCGUCGUCGCGCAGCUGCUGCGCGAGCGAGCGCCGAGCUCUCUUCAGCGCCGCGUCCCGUGGGUCCUGCGCCGGGUCAUCGUGUCCUUCGUCUUUUGCCCGAACGCGCUGGCCUCACGGUGA